AUGGCUGUGCAAGUCAAUAUGGCCAAGGGUUUGGAUAACAGUUCUGACGGCUCUGAAAAAGAGGUGCAUGAGGUGAUGGAGAGCACAGAUAAGUCUUUCACCAUUUCUGCUGCCAAAGAGGAAGCUAUCAUGGGUGUGGUCAGUGAAUGCAAUAUAGAUAGCAGCUUCAAGAAUGAGAAUAACACUGUCUGCUCCAUUGAAGGUGCAAUGCUUUCCAUAUUUGGACCACAUGAAGCUACCACCACUGUCCAUUCUGCUGCAGAAGAGGCUAGUGCAGGCAGUGAAAGUGACAUGGAUAUUGGUGGUGAAAAUGACAUGGGUCGCUGCACUGAGGAUGCUACAGGUCAUCUUGCCAAAGAUGAAUAUGAUCCUGUUGCUUGCACUGAAGCAGCUCCUUUACUGAGCAGCACAGUGCAGGAUGCAAGUCCAGGGGCUGUCACUGCCAUCUCUUCUACCAUAAACACAGUUGUCUCAAGUGAUGUCAGUGAACAAGAUGAGGACAAAACUGAGAGGGUGAUGCUUCCUGGGCUUGACUUGUCUGAGCUUGAGGCUAGUGCCACCAUCCCUGUUCUCAAGACAGAGUCCACCUCAGAUGAUAAACACGAUUUCAAGACUGCCAACUCCAUCUCUCUUGCUGAAGAUGGGGUUCUGUCAGGGACAGAAGCCAUUCUGUUUGGGAGCAACAGAGACGUUGAAGACUGCAUCUUCAAUGACGAAGAAGCUGAAUGA